UUCUCUCUCUCCUUCAUUCCAUUCCUCUCCCAAGAAAAAAAUUCUCAAAAACACAAUUCCUUCUUCCACCAUCUACUCUCAGAUUCCGGUAAAACACAGCGUGUAAAGGUGAAACAGAUCAGUCUGAGAUGGAAGAAGAAGCUCAAGGAAGCACAGAAGUUGCAGUGUUGAAGGUCGUCGAAAAUAUUGCAGUCGACACAGCUGAUCCAAUUAAGGUCACAAAUGGGGAUUUGCAUCAGGAGGAAACCGCCCUGGAUGGAGAGUUCAUAAAAGUAGAGAAGGAAUCGAUCGAUGUGAAAGGUGAUUCACAUAAACCCGAACCAGCAUCUGCAGAGGAUGAUAACCCUUCUGUAAUUGAAAGAAGCUCAAGUAAUUCAGCUGCCAGUAGAGAAUUGUUAGAAGCCCAGGAGAAGGUGAAGGAGCUUGAGCUUGAGCUGGAGAGAUUGGCGGGAGCUUUGAAGCAUUCUGAAUCUGAGAACAGCCGGUUGACGGACCAGGUAUCAUUGACAAAGGAGAAGUUGGAGGAAAGCGGCAAGAAAUGUGAAGAACUGGAAGUUAGUCAUCAGAAUUGGCAUCAACGGAUUGUGGAAGUUGAGGAGAAACAUGGCAUUGAGUUGAAAAAUCUACAGGAUGCGUUGGAAGCCCACGAAGUGAAGCACAAGGAGCUCAUUGGUGUGAAGGAAGCAUUUGAUAAUCUCAGCCUUGAGCUUGAGAGCUCAAGGAAGAAGAUGGAGGAGCUCGAGAGCGAGCUGCAGGUGUCUGCAGGUGACGCUCAGAAGUUUGAGGAACUGCAUAGGGAAAGUGGUUCACAUGCAGAAACUGAGACGCAGAAGGCAUUGGAGUUUGAGAGGCUGCUUGAAGUGGCAAAACUGAGCGCAAAAGAAAUGGAAGAUCAGAUGGCUCUCCUGCAGGAGGAGCUCAAGGGCCUGUAUGAGAAGAUAGCCGAGAACCAGAAGGUUGAAGAAGCACUCAAGACCAGUGUUGCAGAGCUCUCUUCAAAGGAAGCCCUGAUAAAUGAACUGAGACAAGAGCUGGAAGAUAAGUCGGCUUCUGAGGCUCAGGCAAAGGAGGAUAAAUCUGCUCUUGAGGAUCUGUUCUCCCAGACAAAGGCUGAUCUCGAAGCAAAGAUCUUGGAGUUGGAAGAGGUGAAGCUGAAGCUCCAGGAGGAGGUGACCGUGAGGGAAUCUGUUGAGGUCUGGUUGAAAACCCAGGAGGCAGAGGUUGCGAAGACUCAGGAGGAGCUGGCAGAAGUGACAAAAGAAAAGGAGGCAUUCGAAGCAGCUGUGGCGGACCUUGCGAGUAAUGCAGCAAGAAUGCGGGAGUUGUGUGAUGAUCUUGAGACAAAGAUGAAGCAGUCGGAUGAAAAUUUCUGCAAGACAGAUUCUCUGCUAUCUCAAGCUCUGGCAAACAAUGCAGAGCUGGAGGAGAAACUCAAAUCCCAAGAGGCGCUCCACCAAGAAACAGGUACAAUUGCAUCAACUGCUACUCAGAAGAGUAUUGAGCUUGAAGGUCUGGUCCAAGCUUCCAAUGUAGCAGCAGAAGAGGCCAAAGCACAACUUAGAGAGCUUGAGACACGGCUUAUAGGGGCAGAACAGAGGAAUGUAGAGCUGGAGCAACAACUAAAUCUGGUAGAGCUGCAAAGCAGUGAGGCUGAGAGAGAACUGAAGGAAUUUUCUGAGAAAAUGUCUGAGCUCAGUGUUGCAUUGAGAGAGGUUGAGGAAGAGAAGAAAGAGCUGAAGGGUCAAAUGCACGAAUAUGAGGAUAAGAUAACUCAGCUGGAGUCUGCCCUGAGUCAGUCAUCAUUGGAGAAAUCUGAGCUUGAGUUGGAGUUGAAGAGCGUUGCAGCAAAAUGCACUGAACAUGAGGACCGAGCCAAUAUAACCCACCAGCGAAGCCUUGAGCUUGAAGAUUUGAUGCAGUUGUCUCAUUCCAAAGUAGAGGAUGCUGCAAAAAAGGCGACUGAGUUGGAACUAUUACUGGAAACUGAGAAGUAUAGAAUUCAGGAACUCGAGGAACAGAUAUCCACAUUAGAGAAGAAAUGUGGGGAUGCAGAAGCAGCAUCGAAGAAAUACUUGGAGCAGAUAUCUGACAUUGAAGCAGAGCUUCAGACCUCCCGGGCUGAAUCCAAAAGCCUGGAAAAAGCACUGGAAUUGGCUAGUGAAACAGAGAGGGAUAUCACUGAACGAUUGAACAUUACGAUAGAAGUGAAGAAAGGGCUGGAAGAAGCACUGAGUAGCACCAGUGAGAAGCUUGCUGAAAAAGAAAAUCUUCUACAAGUACUGCAAAAUGAAUUGAGUCUGACACAAGAAAAGUUACAGAGCAUUGAAACCGAUCUUAAGGCUGCAGGGGUAAAAGAGAGUGAGAUAAUGGAGAAGCUCAAGUCUGCUGAGGAGCAAUUGGAGCAACAAGGAAGAAUAAUCGAGCAGAGUACUGCAAGAAGCUUAGAGCUUGAAGAACUACACGAAACCCUAAAGAGGGAUUCAGAGUUUAAACUAAAUGAAGCAAUUGCAAGCCUCAGCAGCAGGGAUUCUGAGGCACAAUCUCUGUACGAGAAACUGAAAAGUCAUGAGGAUCAAGUAAAGACUUAUGAAUUGCAGGCGGCUGACACAGCAGAAAAGUCCACCUCUCUGAAGGAAGAAUUGGAGCGAUGUUUGGGCGAACUGGCUGCUCUGCAAAGCACAAACGAGGAACUGAAAGUAAAGAUCUCAGAAGCAGAAAGUAAGGCUGCACAGUCUGUUUCAGAGAAUGAACUGUUAGUAGAGACAAACAUAGAACUCAAGAGCAAGGUUGAUGAGCUUCAGGAACAGCUAAACUCUGCUUCUGCUGAAAAGGAAGCAACUGCUCACCAGCUUGUUUCUCACAUGAAUACGAUUGUGGAAUUAACAGAUCAGCACUCAAGAUCCUGUGAACUUCAGUCUGUAACUGAAGAACGAGUCAAGGAAGCAGAGAUCCAAUUAGAAGAAGCUGUUCAGAGAUUCACCCAUAGAGAUUCAGAGGCCAAAGAGUUGAAUGAGAAGUUAACUGCACUUGAAAGCCAAAUAAAAGUUUAUGAAGAACAAGCUCAUGAAGCAUCUGCAAUUUCUGAAACCCGAAAAGUAGAGCUGGAACAGACUCUCCUGAAACUGAAAGAUCUGGAAAGUGUUGUUGAGGAAUUGCAAACAAAGUUGGGUCAUUUUGAAAAAGAGAGUGAAGGACUCGCUGAGGCUAAUUUGAAGCUUACUCAGGAACUGGCUGCAUAUGAAUCCAAAAUGAACGAUUUACAAGAAAAACUUUUAACAGCAUUUUCUGAGAAGGACGAAACAGUUGAACAGCUCCAAUUUUCAAAGAAAGGAAUUGAAGAUUUGAGACAGCAGCUUGCUACUGAAGGGCAGAAACUACAAUCACAGGUAUCUUCAGUAAUGGAAGAGAACAACCUACUCAAUGAAACCUAUCAAGCUGCCAAGAAUGAACUUCAGGCUGUGAUAAUCCAGCUUGAAGGACAACUGAAAGAACAGAAAGCAAAUGAAGAUGCUAUAAAAGCUGAGAUGGAAAACCUCAAAGCCGAAAUUGCAGACAAAUCUGUGUUACAAACUCGUCUGGAUGAGCUUGAAAAGCAAUUGGCCUUAGCUGAGGCUCGACUGAAAGAAGAGGUUGAAACUGUCCAGGCAGCUGCAGCUGGAAGGGAGGCCGAAUUAAAUUCACAAUUGGAGGAUCAUGUGCGUAAAGUUCAUGACAGGGACAUAUUAAGUGGACAAGUGGUACAACUUCAGGAAGAGCUGCAUCUUGCCCACACCUCAAUUGCAGAAAAAACUGUCUUGCAAACUCGUUUGGAGGAGCUUGAGAAACAAUUAGUGAUAGCUGAGGCUCAAUUGAAAGAGGUUGAAAGCGUUCGGGCAGCUGCUGUUGGAAGAGAGGCAGAAUUAAGUACUCAAUUGGAGGAGCAUGCACGUAAAGUUCAAGAUAGAGACUCCUUAAGUGAACAAGUAGUACAACUUCAGAAAGAGCUACAUCUUGCUCAGACAUCCAUUGUCGAACAGAAGGAAACUCAUUCUCAAAAAGAGUUGGAACGUGAGGCAGCAGCAAAGCAUUUGCUUGAGGAGCUUGAAGCUAAGAAACAAGAACUCAUACUUAAAGAGAACCAGGUUAAGGAACUUGAGCAGAAAUUGCAGCUGGCUGAGGCUAAAUCAAAAGAAAAGGCUGAUGGAGGCAGUCCAUCUGAGGGUAUGGAGGUAAAAUCCAGAGACAUUGGGUUAGUUACCUCAACUCCAUCAAGAAGGAAGAGCAAGAAAAAGUCAGAAGGAACUUCACCUCAAACCUCAUCAUCUUCAGAGAUCCAUGCUCAGGCCAAUGAGGUUUCUUCUGCCAUGACCCUUAAGUUUAUCCUGGGUGUAGCCUUGGUGUCCGUGAUCGUUGGCAUAAUUCUUGGAAAGCGAUAUUAGCUAUAGUUUUGGGAUUUAUUUUUGGUGUUAUCCCUAUAUCCAGCAUUUUAAAAGAAACAUCUACUUGAACCUCAUCAUCCUCAGAGAUCCAUACUCACUGAGGUUUCUUGUGCCUUGACCAUUCAGUUCAUCUUGGAUUAGCUCUGGUGUGUGCCACCAUUGGUGUAAUUCUCAGGAAAGUGGAUAUUAGCUGUACUUUUGGGGUUUUUCGGUUGUCCCUCUAUUCAGUAAUUUUUUUUGGGGGGGUUUAAUUUAUGCACAUCAGAUUGGAGAGGCUUUGUUUUGUAUGCUAUUAGUUCAGGUUUUCAAGUUGGUCAGGGAAUUUGUUUUCAUUCUCAUCCCUCACCUGUUUGCAAACAAACCAUCUAGUCCAGGUUUUGAAGUUGGUGAGGGAAUUUGUUUUCAUUCUUUUCCCUCACCGGUUUGCAAAGGAAAGAAAAAAAACAGUUGAAUCAUGUA